AUGGGCUUUCUGACAGAGGAUAGCCUUGCGCGAGAGUCCGACGUCACUGUGUCCACAAAUGUCACGCUGUAUGCCGAGUACAAAGGCUUUUUCAUGUACGUGCUCUCCGCAGUAGCACUCACAAUGUUUGUCAUGUGGAUCUUGGCCCCACAUUCAGUACUCCUCUCUCUUGGAAUCUCAUAUUAUCCGGAUAAGUAUUGGGCGCAGGCAAUCCCCAUGUAUUUUCUCAUGCUGAUGUUCUAUCUGUACGUGCUGGUCACGCUCUAUAAUAACGAGGUCCAGACUUUGAAGCUUGAUGACUUACGUGUCUUCACCGACGAGCACUCGGUAUCUCCAGAAGAUCCCGUAGACUGGCUCUGGAAAGCGCCAAGCGGUGUAUGGGAUCUCCCCAUUGGGCUUGUAAACGAGGUGCUAUACGGCGAGGAUGAAGAUAAAAUCCACUAUGGAGACACUCCGGAAUCGGGUCUCAAGGGGCUCGAUUGA